AAUAAGCUUACCUACAUGUGGCCAGUCCUUCCCAGCGGCCAACUUAAUGAGGAGUUUGAUUGGCCAAUAGAAGGACUGCUUGUCCCAAACAGCCCUUCCAUGAAGAAACCCACCUGUAAGUCACCGGAGCAGAAUGUCCCCGUAAGACUAAGAGUUCUGCGGAAUGGAGACAAGAAUAAAAAGAGAGCCCUUCUCGUGAUCGGUUCAGACGUCUCACCUGGACGGAAAGCGCAAAAUGUUGACACUAAAGUGAAAGAGAAUGUGAAAAAUUAUGUCGCUAAAAAUUCUGAAACAGAAACAAAGCAGGUGGAAUUUCAUCAACUUUUGGAGAGGUGUACUGAAGUUUUAAAUUUACCUUCUGCAGCUCGGAGAUUGUUCAAUGAAGAGGGGCAGGAAAUCUUUACCAUAAAAGAUCUUCAAAGAGAUGGACUGGUGUAUGUUUCAUGUGGAGAACAUUGGAUCAGUCCUGACCUGUCCGUUGCUCAUCAAAAGAAGCAGAUCUUCCUGAGGAACUUAGCAUCAGAUGUCUCUAAGCUUCAAGCCUUCUGCAGCACACGUAAGCUAGACGCUUUUGUUUUGGAAGUCCAAAGUGACAUUGUGCCUGGAGCCAGGCUUGCUGUGUGUAAACCUGCGGCGACUUUUGGAGGAGAGAAGAAAAUUAUAGAAGCAGAGGGGGAGCAAGUGCAAAAAAAUGCUUUUACAACGGAAAGCGCUGCCAGUAAAAUUCUAGAUGCACAUGCAAGAGCCCAUCUCCGAAUGGAGGCUCGUCACUCACCUCUCAAGUAUGCCUGGCAGGAAACUUCUCAUAACUCGGAUGAGGGGGACAGUUUCCCAAAGAAAAUGCAGGAAAAGCUCCUUGAAAAUGUGGAGCCACAGAGGGCAUACAGUUACUCUUCAAAGCGCAGCAAAUUGCAGAAGCUUUGCCACCAGCAGUUUGAAUACAGAGAUGGGCAAAUCAUAAGCCUUGCCGCCCCCCAGCUGGUCGUGGGGGUGCGCGGUCCCGACCUGCGUUCAGGCGUGGAGGUGGUUUUGGUGGAGAAAAACGCCAGUGACGGUCAUCAGCGCUGGAUGCACAAGCAGGACAGCAGGACCUUCCACCUGGCGGGGAACCCAGAGCUCGUGCUGGCCGCGUCUAUGACCAAGGCGGGCAAUGCAGCCUGUGGCUAUCCGGUGAUCGUUCAGAAAUAUAAGCCCUAUAACAAUGGGACUUCCAAUCAAAAGUGGAAUUACAUUGAAAAUAUGAAAGCUUUCAUGGCCUUUCAUAGCACGGCACUGGAUAAAGAAGUCACGGCAGCAAAUUAUGCUGGGAUUUGUACGUCCUCUGUGGUUAAAAAUGAAAACAUUGAUCAACCAGGAUACUAUUAUCUCUCACCUGCUGGAAAGAAAAAAAAGAUUCUGUGCUUGGCCUGUGGACGAUCCCUGAGAGCAGGGAAGGGACUCAGGCAGCUGCCUGGGGGGCUGGCGUUCCUCUGCGCCUCGGGCUCCGACACCCAGACGCCCUUCUCGCGAGGGCCUUUCAGGACCAUCCGUGUGGCCGAGGCUGAUUUGUCUUCUUACGAGGCUGAGAAAACUCUCCAUUAUUACGAAGAGCAGCUAUUCUCUUUACGGAUGAAGACCCGCGCGCAAGCUGCGUCUCCUGGUGGCCCGGCAGCUACGCACCAGAGGGCAGUGAAAAUACUUGCAUACAAAAACGGAGAUGGGUGUCGAAACGGGAAGUUAAUUGUGGCCGAAACGUUCCCCAUGCUUCUUACAGAAUGCACGGAACAGCUUGGCCUUGCCCGAGCAGCCUCCAAAGUAUAUACCAAAGAUGGAACCCCAAUCCUUUCCUUGCGUGAUUUGGUUUUAUGGGCUCUAGAUGAACCUUUUAUCCACAAAGGCUCCGAGGAACAGAAGAAAGAGGCAGCCUCUGUUGGAGCCAUGGAGACGGCUAUUAAAAAAAACCCAAGACUGAGAGUGAAAAACAAAUUAUUUCCAACGCCUGUGACAUUGGAUAGUUUGGAUGGUAUAGAUGAGUCUUUGCUGACCCACUUUCACAGAAAUCCAAUUGCCAUCUGGGUAUCUUGUGGGGAACCAUUUUUAUCUCCCAGUGCUUUGCAGAAAGCAAAAAAAUUAGAAAAACAGAAUUGGCUAAAAAAGGACAACAUUUUGGCUGACUUAGACACUAUGAAACACAAAAUGAGACAGUUAAAAGGGCGGCGAGUAGCAGCAUGUCAGCCGGCCACCAUGGUUCCCAACAAAAGCCCUGUGCAGCCAGUGGUGAUGGAAGGAGGCUGGACUGAGCAGACUCAAGAGGAAAUUAAACUCAUGGAACAUAUAAGACAUGCAGAGGCCCAGCUUCCUGGAGCCCAGGGGUGGCGAUCCAGGAGAGCUCCUCCACCCGCAGCCGGGCGGGCCUCCCGCAGGCCCAGCAGCCGGCAUGGGCGGCCCCGCGCCAAACGGGUCUGGGUGUAUCUGAACGGGCGCAGGCCCGAGGACGGCACGCACGCCUGGGGCAGAACCAUCUCAGAGCUGCUGGAUGACAGCUCGUCCCGUCUGAAAACGGCCCGCCCGGCCAGAACCCUGUUCACCCCGGAGGGACAGCCAAUUCUGUCCUGGGACGACAUAGAGCGAGACGCGGUCAUCUGUGUGUCCACGGGCCACGGCUUUACAACCCACAAAGAGUUAAAACAACUGAUGGAGAUCAGAGCAAAUUAUGCCAGAAUCCGGAGGCAGCAGGGCCCUGAAGCCACAGACAUCGUGGUGCGUCCACCCGAGAGGCUGCAGUCUCUGGUAAGCUGAAAGAACGAGCAGCAGUUUUGUUCUCAACACAAUAAACUAGAAUUUGGCAUAAAUGGCUUGGUUGGGGCUGCUUGGUCAGAAACAACUGCAGAGCAAGAUCAACAAAAACCACUCAGGGGAGGGCUGAUGAGAGAAAGAAAACAUUCUUUGCCUAUUUGGAAACAGAAGACUGUGACAGAAAGGCCAAUUAUUUAG